AUGCCUGAAGGAGAAACACCACCAAGUCCAUCUUCAUCAUCAGAUUCAACAAGCUUGAAAGAAGUUGGAAAAGUACUGGGCCAAUAUUUUGGGCUAUUGUUAGCAAUAAUCGGAUUUGCAUCAAUGAAUACAACAAGCAAGGAAACAGGUCUACUAAUGAAGGCUUUGGCUUUCAUGGUUACUCUUUACUACAUGGCUUUAGUGCUAGCCACAGUGUUGCAGCUUGAGGUUGCACUCAUGAUGGGUAUUUUCCUCUUACUUGGAACUGUUGUUGCUGUAAUAGCUCUCAUGAUUAUUUCUCCUAUGGUUGCUUUCAUUUAUUUGGGCUUGUGGAUAUUCAUGUUGGGUUUGGUGGUAUUGUACUAUAAGUAUCAAAAAGAGAUCUAUCAAAUGAUUCCAGAAAAGAUAAAAUAUUUAUUUGAAAGGCCAAGUGAAGUUGAGUUGGGUGCUGUCUAG